AUGAGAAUUGGAUUAAUAGGCAAGAGUAAACUUGGAUUCAUUGAUGGUAGAUAUCCUAAGUCUAAGUUUGGACCUGAGUUUUCUGAUGCUUGGGAGAAGUGUAAUGCUGUAAUCCUCUCUUGGAUUAUGAAUGCAGUUCGACUAGGAUUGCUGGGGACUGUGGUGUAUGGAGGAGAUGCACACAAGGUUUGGUGUGAUCUAAAUGAAUGGUUCGACAAGAUAAAUGGAGCUCAUGUGUAUCAACUCCAUAAAGAAAUUCAUGGUUGUUCAUGUCCUGAGUCUAAGAAGUUUCAAGAUCAUUAUGAGUAUCAAAGGUUAUUAGAGUUCCUAAUGGGACUAAAUAAGACCUACUCUGCAGUUAGAGGACAGAUUUUGAUGCAGUCUCCAACUCCAAAUCUGAACAAAGCCUUUUCCCUUGUCAUGGAUCAUGAAAGUCAAAGGAACAUAGCACACACUAACUAUGAAUCAUGCCUUCCUAAACUGAUGGAAAGUACUGCAUUGUUUAGCCCAAAAGGGAGUGGUCAUAGUGUUGGUAAUGGGAAUUUUGGUCAUCAACCUGGUGGAGUUGGUGGUAAUCCAAUUAGAAGUCACUAUGAAGCUCAGUUCAAUUCUCAGAAACCACAAAAGUCUGUUAUCACCUGUGAGGUGUGUGGUUACAGAGGUCACACUAAGGAGCAAUGUUUCAAGGUCAAAGGAUAUCCAGUUGGCUGGAGAUCCAAGAAGAAAACUGGUAGUUCUACACCUAGCUCUAGUUCCUUUGCUAACCAAGUUACAGUUGCUCAAAGUGCAGGCUUAUCACACAAUGGAGAACCUAGUGCAGCAUACAAGUCACCUGCAGCUUUCUUCACAAAAGAACAAUAUCAGCAGAUAAUGCAAUUACUAACCAAAGGUAGUGACACUGGUGGAGAGCAUUCAGCCAAAAUAGCCACAACAAGUAGAGUUUUAUCAACACUAGUGUCCAAAUAUGUGAAUAAGGAGUGGAUAGUUGACACAGGAGCCACUAACCAUAUGACAUCUCAGCUGUCAUCACUAGAUAAAUGUACCUCAGUGUCUAAGCCUGAAAGAAGGCAGGAUCUCUACAGUGGAAAGGUCAAGGGGAUUGGUAGAGAAGAUGAAGGACUCUACAUUCUUAAGGAAGGCUUCAACCAUACUGAUCCUACUCAGAGGAUAUGCAGAGUAGAUAUCUCUGACAGCUCACCUUGUACAGUGUGUCCAUUAGCAAAACAAACAAAAGUUCCUUUUCCUGUAAGCAAUCACACUUCAAAGACACUCUUUGACUUGGUGUAUUGUGAUGUCUGGGGUCCAUAUAAAGUACCUACUCAUAAUGGAAUGAAAUACUUUGUUACUGUAGUAGAUGACUACUCCAGAUUCACUUGGCUAUUUCUUCUCACAGCUAAAUCUGAUACUAUAGUUGUGAUGAGACAUUUUUUUGCUCAAGUCCAUAAUCUGUUCUCAACUUGUGUCAAAGUGCUUAGAAUUGAUAAUGGGACUGAAUUCAUGAGCACAGCCUUUCAGUCCAUACUGUCAACUCUGGGAAUAUGUCAUCAAACCACAUGUGUAUACACUCCUCAGCAAAAUGGUGUGGUAGAAAGGAAGCACAGAACUAUCUUAAACAUGGCAAGAGCCUUGAGGUUCCAGGCAUCAGUACCCUUGCAGUUUUGGGGAGAAUGUGUUACCACAACUGAUAUCAUCAAAGACACUAGAAAAGAUUUACAGAAGGAUUUCAAGAUGAAUGAUCUAGGAGAGCUCAAAUUCUUCCUAGGGAUUGAAUGUGCCAGAUCAAGCAAAGGGAUCCACAUGUCUCAAAGGAAAUAUGCUCUUGAACUGAUAGCUGAGUGUGGUCUAGGGGGAGCUAAACCUGCAGCAACUCCCCUGGAACAGAAUCAGAAGCUCAUAUCUGCAUAA